GUGGUCUGAACCAUUUCGGCCAGCUUCCGGAGGUGAGUGCUAUCUGCAAACACCGGACCUGGACGCAGCACCCGGAUUUACGGAUUGGCCGUUUAGCUAGUAUUAUGAAUGACACGACAAAUUCUCUAAAGUUGCAGAGGUCUUAUAGUCUUUUCUAGUUUCCUGAAGAACAGGGACAUCCCCCCUCCCGGAGUUAGCGGUGCUGCGAUCCGGGAGCAACAUGGCGACGUCCAUGAGGGGAUAGUUUGGGGGAGUAGCUAGUGCUUAGUACGGUUGUCCUGUCUAACUCUGACCGAGUAAAGUUUUCCCCAAGUACCCAGGUAAAGAAUUGUCUACUAACAGGUGGGCAUCGUCAGAGACCCGCCAUUCGCUCGCGGCCACACUAAGGAACGGAGUCUUGAGCAGUGAGCAAGAUGAGUAACAUCUACAUCCAGGAGCCGCCCACGAAUGGGAAGGUUUUAUUGAAAACUACGGCUGGAGAUAUUGACAUAGAGCUGUGGUCAAAAGAGGCCCCUAAAGCAUGCAGAAAUUUCAUUCAGCUUUGUUUGGAGGCCUACUAUGACAACACCAUUUUUCAUAGAGUCGUACCUGGCUUCAUAGUCCAAGGUGGAGAUCCCACAGGCACCGGGACUGGUGGAGAAUCUGUCUAUGGAGCCCCAUUCAAGGAUGAGUUUCACUCACGGUUGCGUUUUAAUAGGAGAGGACUGGUUGCCAUGGCAAAUGCCGGUCCACAUGAUAAUGGCAGCCAGUUUUUCUUUACCCUGGGUCGAGCAGAUGAACUCAACAAUAAGCACACCAUCUUUGGAAAGGUUACAGGGGAUACAGUGUACAACAUGCUACGCCUGACAGAAGUAGACAUCGAUGAUGAAGAAAGACCCCGCAAUCCACAUAGAAUCAAGAGUUGUGAGGUUUUGUUUAACCCUUUUGAUGACAUCAUUCCAAGGGAAAUUAAAAAGCCCAAGAAAGAGAAGGCAGAGGAAGAAAUCAAGAAAUUGAAACCCAAAGGCACAAAAAAUUUUAGUUUACUGUCUUUUGGAGAAGAAGCUGAGGAGGAGGAGGAGGAAGUGAACCGAGUCAGUCAGAGCAUGAAGGGGAGAAGUAAAAGCAGCCAUGACCUGCUGAAGGACGAUCCGCAUCUCAGCUCUGUCCCGGCCGUCGAAAGUGAAAAAGAUGAUGCAACAGGAGAUUUAGAAGAUCUUUCACAGGAUGCUGAAGAUGACAGUGUAGAGCAUGAUGGCUCCAUGGAGGAGGAUGAGAAGAACCUGAUGAGAGAAAGAAUCGCAAAACGGUUGAAGAAAGAUGCAAGUGCCAAUGUGAAGUCAGCCGGAGAUGGGGAGAAGAAGCCCGCAAGCCGAAGUGAAGAGCUCAGAAAAGAAGCAAGGCAAUUAAAGCGGGAACUCUUAGCAGCAAAACAGAAGAAAGAAAGUGCCACAAAAGCAGAGAAAGGAAGUGAAGAGGAAGAAGCUGUCCCAGAUGGCCCUGUUGCAGAGUACAGGCGAGAAAAGCAGAAGUAUGAAGCUUUGAGGAAGCAACAGCCCAAGAAGGGAACUUCCCGAGAGGAUCAGACCCUGGCACUGCUGAGCCAGUUUAAAUCUAAGCUCACUCAAGCCAUCACCGAAAUGCCUGAAAACUGUGCUGAAGCAGAAGUUGAAGAUGACGAAGGCUGGAUGUCCCACGUGCUCCAGUUUGAAGACAAGACCCGGAAGGUGAAAGACGCAAGCAUGCAGGACUCAGACACGUUUGAGAUCUAUGAUCCCCGGAAUCCAGUGAACAAAAGAAGGAGGGAGGAAAGCAAAAAACUGCUGAGAGAGAAAAAGGAAAGGCGGUGAGCGGAGCCGUGAUGCCGGAAGCGGUGGCGCCUGCCAGGAAUGUCGUGUGGGAAAUGUGUCAGGGCCUGUGUUCUGGUGUUCAGAAAACAGGUAUCUCCUUUUGUAAAUUUGAAAUGAUGUAAGCAAAUGCUUUUGGUUACUGAUAAUUGACCUUUUAUAUUACUAAAUCUGAAAUAAAACCAGUUUCUUUCUAGUUUAAA